AUGCGAGAUGAACACAUUGACAUAGUUGCCAUCCAGGAAACAAUGCGCACUGAAUUCUCUCUGCCGGAGCUCGAUCGGCUGAGCUCCCACCUCUUUGCCUGGCAUUGGCUCCCUUAUAGUGGGAUUGCCAUCCAUUCGGGUGGCAUCCUAUUAGGUGUGAAGGAUGCCACCUUCGAGGUGGUUAGUAUGGACCGGGGCCAGUUCUUUGUCAGCAUGGAACUCUAUGAACGGGCCCUUAAUUUCAAGUGGGAGGUGAUCAUCGUCUACGGCCCGGCAAACCAUAGUAGGUCUGCCUCCUUUCUCGAGGAACUUCACCGGAAGGUUUCGGCCGCCACCCUUCUGGUGGUUGUCGGGGGCGAUUUUAACCUCGUUCGAUUCGCGGAAGACAAGAGUAAUGCACAUGUCAACUUUGCACGUAUGCAAAUGUUUAAUGAUUGCAUUGCUGACCUUGGUCUUCGCAAGAUAGAUAGGAUUGGUGCCAGUUUCACCUGGACCAAUCGCCAGGCCUCCCCGACCUAG